UUUAGGAGCCGAUUGGACUCAGGAAUGUGGUUCGGUUUUGCAGAACAGAUAUGAUAUUACCUCAGAUUUCCUUUUAAAAAUUUGUUUUACGAUUUAUUUUUGCGCCAAAUUAAGUUCGAUUUGAUGUUCGCGUGAGGUCUCGCGAGAGUACAGACGUGAGGUCGCGUUAGCGGCUUCAUUUUUUGUACUCUGUUUUCAAAACCUGAGCACACACACAUACACACACACACAGGCAGCCUGGAGUUUUGUAGUUUGUAUUUUAUAUGGAUAUAAAAGUAAAGAGUGUUGAUAAAUGUGUAAAAGAUAUCUUAAAAUCUGGAAUGUAGAGCGAAAAGUAGGGAUAGCCAGCGUUCAUGUUUCUCUAUCGCAGGAGAGGCGGGGAACCUAAUACACACUGACGUAUACACACACAUGUACACACUGUAUUAGUUUAUGGAUGCCGUCGCUUUUCACGGAUUCUUUUGGAAGUUUGAUUCUUCAGCUUGGAUUUCACUUUCCUGAGGACGACAGAAGGAUUUCGAGGCGUUACAUGGAUUAUCUGUGUUUCAGAACUCUGUGCUGUAAAGGUCCGCCCCCUCCCAGACCAGAGUAUGAUGUAGUGUGUAUCGGACUGACGGGCUCUGGAAAGACCAGCCUGCUGUCCAGACUGUGCUGCGAAGCCACAGACACCAUUGUACCUACUACAGGUUUCAGCAUUAAAGCUGUGCCGUUCCAGAACGCCAUCUUAAACGUAAAAGAACUGGGAGGUGCUGACUCCAUUAAGAAGUACUGGAGUCGUUACUAUCAGGGCUCUCAGGGCGUUGUGUUCGUGUUAGACAGCGCCUCAUCUGAUGAGGAUCUGGAGAUGCGAACGGAGCUGCAUUCGGCCCUGCAGCACCCACAACUCUGCACCCUGCCCUUCCUCAUCCUCGCCAACCAGCAGGACAAACCGGCUGCACGUACCGUCCACGAGAUAAAGAAAUAUUUUGAGUUGGAACCUUUGGCACGGGGGAAGAGCUGGUUGCUCGAGGGAAGCACAGUGGACAACAUGGACACCGUGAAGGAGAGCUUCAGCCAACUUAUCAACCUGCUAGAGGAGAAGGACCAGGAUAUGGGCAGGAUAUGAGCCUGAAAUGUUCUCCUAAUCUCAGCAUCCUUCACUCCAGACAGUACAGUACAAAGCUCCUCCUCAAUAUGGGCAUGUGUGUGUGUUACAUUGAAGCCCAACACAGCAGACUGAAAGGAAUAUGGAUUAACGCAAGUGGGGUUUAUAUCAUAUCAAAUUUGAGGUAUGAUAUAUUUACUAGGUUCUUAGUUUUAGUUUCAGAAGUUCCUCGACUGCUGAUUGGCCUCAUCCAUAAGCACGAUUCUUUGUCCUGUGGAAAACACACAUGGUUGCACAUCGCUACGUGACUGAUACAGUUAGACACUUUUCUAGGUAUGUAGAGAAACUGGAGAGUUUUUUUCCUUAAUAUGUAGAUUGUUCUAUUUAGUGUGUGUGUGUGUGUGUGUGUGUGUGUGUGUGUGUGUGAGAGAGAGAUGAAUGUUUGUACUUUUAAAGCCUUAAAGUAUGUGAUUUGUGUGUUGUUUUUUUUAAACCAAACUACAGUGACUUAUGAAACUAUAAAGCAGUCUUAAAUAAUACUGCUGUGAAAUGACCACUUUAUUCCAAAAACCUGAGAACAAAAAUUCCAAGAUUUCCGGAAUUCCUCUGCACGUCUCUCUCUGGUGUUAUCAUAGAAAUCAUGCGUCAUUCAGGAGGAGGCUUAUCGAUGCGUUAUUCCCUGUUGUAAUUCUGUAGUUAAACUGUUUUCUAUAACCCCAGCAUAUCAAAAUAGAAGUGUUGUGUCUGUCGGAGACGUGUCUCUUUGUGCUAGUGAUUAAUCACCAGAGCGGUGAAGUGCCAGUUACACAUCGUGAUCGCAGUAUUGUACGGUUCUGUUUGGGUUUUCAGAGCAAUGUCUUGACAUUCCAUUUAAUCCAGUAUAUGAAAUUAAACAAUGGGGUGGUUCCCCGUGAUUUCAGGUUUAAGGGGGUUAAUGUAUUGUGUAUUAAUAUUGCAGAAACAUAACUGCUUUUUUUUUCUUUUUCUCUAAACAGUCCUUGUAAAAAUCAGUGGUCAAAUAUCCACUUGGAUGACACUUUGAUCCUGUGAUCAUGUUCAAAAUGCCCACAAUUUAUUUGUAUAUUGUUAGAUUUGACAUUACGUUGUAGGCCUAGGUCUUUCUCAGAAAAGAAAAAUAGUAUCUGUUUAUUUUUUCGUAGUUUGGCUAAAAUUGCUGACAUUUUUGGCAAAAUCUAAUAAUUAGUGCUAAAAAUAGCUACCAUAUAUUAACAAUAUAGUUUUGUAAUUUUCUGUGAAUUUUUACAAAAAUUGAUAGAUUUGAUUUCUUUUACAUGCUCUGGAUUUACCUGUGAGCAUGCGAGAUAAGGUGAAGGGGGUGUGGUUUAUAUGCAGCAUCAUUUCAGGGGCGUUUGACACACAUACGUAACAACUCAUUGUUUCAUAUUUUAAAAAGAUGAAUUGUUUGGGUUAUACUCGGAACAGGAGUACAGUCGUCCCUCGAUUUAUCGUGGUUCGAAUCUCGUGGUCCCACUUUACCGUGAUUUUCAAUUAGGCACAUAACUCGCAAUGUUCUCGCAGUUCAUCAUAAGAAACGAGUAGCGCUACAAGAAAUCGUAGGUUUCCGCGUAUCUAUUGGUUAUAGUAUCCUCUGACAUGAAAAUAAAUAAAGGGCGGAGUUGAAGACAUACAUCAACCAGAUUCAGCCAAUGAAAAUAAAGAAUGCAGUGACGUGUAUCUUUAACUCUCCCCCUUCACUUCAACCAAUAAACAAGCAGAGAAACUACACUAUGCACAGGCUACGCUACAGUAUUGUUACUGUGUUAUUUCUACAAAUUUAUACAAAAUUCAUCUCGCUAUAUUCUUGCAAAUGUUUUCUGUGUGUGUUUAAAGAGUGUGGGAGGAAGAUUUAUGGCUUAAACAAUAAAAAAAAAAAAUGUUGGGGUGCCGGAAAUCCGUCUUUCGCAGUCGGUUUUGGCACGUAGCUACCAGGAUAAACGAGGGACGACAAUAUUCCGGUGGGAAUUUGCAGACGUAAAAAGCAGGAAUUCUGCUAAUCCGAGUCACUGAACACUAGACUCUUUUGUUUGUUCGAGAUUGUUCAAAGCCUCCUAUAAUGAAUGGGAAAAAAAAAACACUACAGGACUAAAGUUAGGAAAUUUUUGGACCAUGCUGUCCGGUAGAACUUUACUAAUCGCGAGGUCACGAUACGUCCACGAAUUUGCCUUCGCUUUUUUUUAUUCCGGCUCAUUGGAUUUCAGUAAAAAAAAGAAUUGUUUUAUUGUUGCCUCUGAAUGUAAAGCGCUCCUAUUUUAUUCCCAACCCCUCAGUAGUGCCUCUUGUUUAGGUAGAGUGCCCUUUAUCUAAUCUCUCCCCUCAUCUAAUUCUCUCCCUUCAGUGCCAAUCCAAGCCCUUCCCAAUCCAAACUGCUCCUUUUGCCAUUAAUUACAGUGUCUUUCUGCGAACCAAAAGAAAUCCUACUCGAGCUCUGAUUAUACCUCUUUGUCUUUUUUCUUUGUAGCAUCUGUCCAGUUGUUUGUACUGCUUAAAAACUCUGUAAUGCCUCCUGGAUAAUUUAGCUGCCUUUUUUUUUUUUUUUUUUUUUUUUUUUUUUUUACAGAUUUCACGCAAUUUGUACUUUUGUUACAGAUUAUUAUUUUAUUCGUUAAAUUUAGCUUGUUUAUGUUUUAUUUGAUUUGAGGCCACAUGCCUGUCUUUGUACUGGAACAAAUCUAAAUACUUAUAGAAAGUGUAGAUGGUGACAGCCAUCACUCAACCUGUUAAUUGUGUAUAUAUAUGUAUGUAAUUUAUGCGUAAUUUCCACUGAGCGCUGCGACUAGUAAAGAUUAAAGUAGAGGGAAUGGUUAGAAUCUGAGAUGUUUGAUGAUAUUUCCUGAAAUGUUGUUAAAGCAAGAUUAAAACAUUUUUUUAAGCAA